GAAGCAAAUGCGUGAUCCACCAGGCAGCUGCUCUUCUCCGCUCUGGAGCACUGCACUCGGAGUCGGCUCUGUACUGAGCUGAGCUCCGGAGAGCGGCAUGGGAGAGGCCGAGCUAACGCUGAACCAGGCCGAGGAGAAGCCCCCGGAGCCAGGCCUGGUUCCUGCAGAGGAGCCGGUAAUCUGGAGCCACGAAGUGGAAGUGUGUCUUUUCCAUGCAAUGAUCGGACACAAGCCCGUGGGAGUGAACCGUCACUUCCACAUGAUGUGCAUCAGGGACAAGUUCAGUCAGAACAUCGGACGCCAAGUUUCCUCCGACCUCAUCUGGGAACACCUCGGCACGAUGUACGACAUGCAGGCCCUGCAUGAGUCUGAGAUAUUGCCAUUUCCAAACUCAGAGAAGAGCUUUUCGUUACCUGAUGACAUUGUCCAGGACGUUAGAGAAGGUCGCAAUGAGGAAGAGCUGGAGGAGCUAAGAGUGGAGCCACCAGCAAUCGCAGAGGAAGGCAGUAACUCAUCAGUGAAGUCUGAUCGAUCGAAGGAUAGAGACAAACCUACAGAAUCCAACUCCAAAGACGAGAAGAAGAAGAGGGUUACACCGACCCCUGGCCCCCCAGUGGCUAAAGGUGGAGCACCCACACCCCCUGCUACUAAAGGUGGGGCACCCACACCCCCUGCCACUAAAGGUGGAGCUCCCACACCCCCAGCAGCUAAAGGCAGUGCACCUACACCCUCAGCAACUAAAGGAGGGGCUCCUGGAUCUACCUCUACUAAGACAGGGAACACUGGAGCGUCUUCAGGUAAAGGAGGGUCAUCAGGACCUACACCUGCUAAAAGGAGGCGCUAGAUAUGCCAUGGAUUUGGAUGAAUAAACAGACUUGAACCUCAGACAUCAUGGGUGAAUAGAAAAAUCAAUUUGUUUCAUCUGUAAUUACCAAUAUUGAUUUUCUUAAUUCAGUAUGUGCAUUUUGGUCACAAAUUGAAGUUUUCUUUUUCUUACCAGCAUCUCAUAAAAGAGUAAGUGAGCUAGCGGGCUGGACAUUUUGCUCGUUAAUUUUUUUACAGGAGAAAUGGCUUGUAUUUUGGUUCAAAUAUUUGCUCUGAUUUGAGAAAAUGUGACAAAAUCUUAGGUUUAUACUUAGGUCAAUACUAUAUUUAUUAUAACAUGUUUUAUCUUGAGUAAUUGAUUGUCACAAGCCUACUAAUAAUUUGAGUUCUUUCGUGUUUUUUAUAUUUGUGUGUCUGAUUUUUAAUAAAAGUGCAGUGGUCUUCAAACCCAUACAAGCAGUA